AAGAACCCUGAAACCUAUCUUUCUCUCGGAUUCCCUCUCAGCCCUCUCUCUCUCUCUUCCCGAAGCUCUCUCUCGUGCCUCACCUCUGCCAGGCCCGACGGUCGUCAUACCGUUCUCCGACGACGACACGCGCCGCACAGGCGGCUUCACAGGCAUCCGAAACCCCCAACCCCGCGAGUUCUCCUCCACACUCGUCGCCAUCCACCGCAACCAGUCAGACGAAGCUCUCUCUCUCUCUCUCGUGCCUCACCUUUUCCAGGCUUGACGGUCGCCGUACCGGUCUCCGACGAUGACACGCACCGCACAGGCGACUUCACAGGCAUUUGAAACCCCGGCGAGCUCUCCUCCACACUCGCCGUCCUCCGCCGCAACUAGCCAGACAAAGCUCGGCUGUCUCCAUGGGUUCCAAGGAGUUCCCCAGCGUCUGGUGACCUCCAACCGUGGAUCUAGCUACACGAUUGGACUCAGCACACCAUGGGGAACAAAACCCACAUGGAGAUCAGACCCAAAAGCCGCCGAUGGUACUCACCGGUGUCAUGAAAUUUUGUGGCUUCUUGGCCACAUUCCGACCGCCACAGUGAACGUGACACGUGGCAGUCACGAAGGAGUAAUUGAUCUUCGCAGAAGGUAAUGAAGCCCUCUUAGUUUGCCUAGAGCUCCUCGGAAGGAAGGUCUUACCCAUGUUACUCGUGCAUCGAAUCCAGAGAAGUAUGUUCUUGAGGAGGACUAUGUCCCGAGGACUAUGAUUACAAUGUCCUCUAGGUCCUUUCCAUUAAAGUCAUCUGGGUCUGCGAAGACCAUCCUUGGAGCCUAGAAUGUAGUGUCAGGUGUCAACCACAGUGACCCUAGACCACGAGCAGCUAUCUGACAUGUUACUGUUACCCAACUCACGGUGUCGAGUUCGUACAAGCGACAAGAAGGAUGUCUCGUGACGCCGCUUGACAUGUUAAAAUAUGUAGCUUACCUCCUGACACUGUCAAGAACGUGUUACCCCAAAAAGUCGUCGGCUGUAACUUCGUAAAUGGGCCUCGUGCAAUAAGCCUGGGCCCACCAGUUCCUUAACUAUAGGAAUGUGUAUUUAUCAGUUGUUAAGACUCCAUUAAGGGAGAAUGUUUGUAUUAAAUUCCCAUUAAGGGAAUUAAUUGUCCUCAGCCAUCUAUAAAUAGGGGUAGGACACACUUUGUAAAUUAUCACUAAUUCAUUUUCUA